GUUACCUAGGUGACACAGGUACUGGAAGGAGGGAGGAGUCUGUGCUGCUUCCCAGGGCGGACCCGACAGACCUGACUGCUGAAGGACAGAAACAAGGUGCACUGUAAUUGACCCAAUCAUGCUGGUUGAGAUGCCUACAUUGGUCUUCCUUUAGUCUCAGGCACUCAUUGUAUGAUUCCCCCAUAAGAUGAAUUUAAACAACAAUCUAUACAAUAAUGAUAUCAGAAAUGCCCUUUUCUCUGAAGUUAUCGUUGGAAUCUUGGCCAACACCAUGCUUCUUCUCUUCCACAUCCUCACAUUCUUUCUGGAGCACAGGCCCAAGCCCACGGACCUGAUCCUUGUGCUGUUGCUCACCAUGGCCUUGAUGGCCACAGAUACCUUGCGGCUCCAAGGUUUUGGGGACAAGGACACAUGUAAACCAGUCAUCUACCUGUACAGGCUGAUGAGGAGCCUGUCCAUCUGUGCCAGCUGCCUGCUGAGUGUCCCCCAGGCCAUCACCCGCAGCCCCAGAAACUCCUGUCUGGCAAAGCUCAAAGAUAAAUCUCCAUACCACAGCAUAUGUUGCUUUCUUCUCCUUUGGGUCUUCUAUAUUUCCAUUAGUGGCCACUUCUUAGUCUCCAUUGUUGCUACCCCCAAUGUGACUUCACACAAUAUUGUCUCUGUCACCAAAUCCUGUUCUCUACAGACUUUGAACAGUUCCCUCAAGUCCUUACUGUCUACACUGGUCACAUUCCGGGACAUGUCUCUUACGGGGCUCCCGGGCCUCCCCAGUGGGUACAUGGUGACUCUCCUGUGCAGGCACAAGAGGCGGUGCCAGCAUCUUCACCGCACCAGCCUUUCUCCAAGAGCAUCCCCAGAGCAAGGGGACCGGACCAUUCUGUCAUUCACGAGCGUCUUUGUGCUAUGUACCUGUUGGACAGUGUUGUCUCCUCCUUGA